UCAAAACCCUACUUCUCAUUAUCAACAUGCCGGGAACCUCCAAAGAAAAUGGUGGCCGACACCCUUUGUACAGGGGAGUGAGACAACGUAGGAACUCAGACAAAUGGGUGUCCGAGAUCCGUGAACCGAGAAAACCUACCCGUAUCUGGUUAGGAACAUUCUCGACCCCGGAGAUGGCGGCAAUAGCCUAUGACGUGGCAGCUCUAGCUCUCAAAGGAACAGAAACUGAGUUCAACUUUCCAAACUCAGUCUCAUCUCUCCCUGUCCCAGCCUCCAUGUCUCCAGGAGACAUCCAAGCCGCAGCCGCUUCAGCCGCCGCUGCUUUUGGUGCUGCAAGAGAUGCGAUUGUAAGGACCAAUAAUAACAACGCUUCAAGCAGCAGUGUGGAACGGAGUAAUGUGAAUACAAGUGGAUACAUGGACGAGGAUUUGAUAUUCGACAUGCCUAAUGUGCUCAUGAAUAUGGCUGAAGGAAUGCUUCUCAGCCCGCCUCGUCAAUCUACCUUUGAUGCUGCUUCCGACGCUGAUGGUUACACCGGAGGAGACGAUUACUUGUGGAAUUUUCAAACAAAAUAAUUACGAUAAAACUAUAUGUGAUUACGUGUGUUUCUAUAUAUUAUAUAAUAUAUAUGUAUGAAAUAAAGAAACGGUGUCUAGUGAUGCAUUGCAUGCAUUGUUAGGCCCCGUUAAGACCGUAAGAUAAGAUCAUACUGUAUUAAAGUUUUUGUUCUUUAAAUUAAUGUCUUUUACAAUCUAGUCUGAUGUCUAGCAAAUGUAAUCACAGUCAAUGACUUGACUGAUA